AUGGAAGCGGUAAAGGAUGAGGAACGCUGGCGACGGCUGUGUGCGUUGGAGGAGAUUCUAUGUGAUCCUCGUUCCACUGGCAACGUGGACUGCUUGCUCGACACUGUAACAGCACUCGUCUCUGAUUGCGAUCAUCCAGCAAUUAGACGCAUGAAAAAUGUGGAGGCAUAUACCAGCAGAUAUCUAGAAUUUGCUUCAGAUAUAGUGAAUCUGCGCAUGAAAGCUUCUGAUUUUGAUUUAAUUAAAGUCAUUGGUCGGGGAGCAUUUGGUGAAGUCCAACUAGUCAGACAAAAGUCCACUCGGCAUGUAUAUGCAAUGAAACUUUUAAGUAAGGUAGAAAUGAUUAAGAGGUCAGACUCCACAUUUUUUUGGGAAGAGAGACACAUUAUGGCACAUGCAAACUCUGAAUGGAUCCUCAAACUUCAUUUUGCUUUUCAAGAUCAAAAAUAUCUCUAUAUGGUGAUGGAUUAUAUGCCUGGUGGUGAUCUGGUUAGCUUGAUGUCUAAUUUUGAUAUACCAGAAAAAUGGGCAAAAUUUUACACAAUGGAAAUUGUUCUGGCUUUAAAUGUUAUACAUGGUAUGGGUUUUGUUCACAGAGAUGUAAAACCUGAUAACAUGUUAAUUGAUAGAUAUGGUCAUCUUAAAUUGGCCGAUUUUGGUACAUGUAUGCGAAUGGGCCCUGAUGGCUUAGUGCGCGCAAGCAAUGCAGUAGGCACUCCUGAUUAUAUAUCACCAGAAGUUUUACAAUCUCAAAAUGGUGAAGGAGUGUAUGGUCGAGAAUGUGAUUGGUGGGCUGUGGGUAUAUUUUUAUAUGAAAUGUUAAUAGGUGAUCCACCAUUUUAUGCAGACAGUUUAGUUGGAACAUAUGGAAAGAUUAUGGAUCAUAGGAAUUCCUUGCAAUUUCCCGAUGAUGUUGAAAUAUCGAAAGAUGCUAAAUCUCUUAUAAGAGGACUCCUAACAGACAGAACCAGAAGGCUUGGUAAAAAUAGUGUUGAUGAAAUUAAGCAACAUCCAUUCUUUAUUAAUGAUCAAUGGAGCUUUGAAAAUUUAAGGGAUUCAGUUCCCCCAGUAGUGCCAGAACUCUCUAGUGACGAUGACACAAGAAAUUUUGAUGAUAUUGAGAAAUCUGAUGCACUCGAUGAGUCUUUUCCUGUUCCAAAGGCUUUUGUAGGCAAUCAUUUGCCUUUUGUAGGCUUUACCUACAAUGGUGACUACCAACUCUGUGCAGGAAAAAGGAAAGCAGUGGAUGUAGUUGAUACUAUUUCAAACAACCAUUUAAACAAUGUUGGAUCUGAAGCAAUAUUACAGUUGGAAAAACUUUUGGAGAGAGAAAGAGAUGGAAGACGGAAAUUGGAAGAUAGACAAGUUAUGCUUUGCGCUCAGUUAGAAGAAUUAGCUCAAAGAGAAUCUAGAAAUAAAAAAAUCAUAGCUGACACUGACAAGGAAUUGGCUUUACUCAAACAUGAUCUUAAAGACAUUCAACGUAAAGCUGAGGCAGAAUCAGAUGCCAGACGGAAAGCAGAAUUCAACUAUAGCGAUAUUAAACGUCGACUUGAAGAGGAACAAAGUAAGAGAGCUAAAGAAAUGACCAAUUUGCAAAACUAUAAUGAUAAAAUUAUUUUGUUGGAGAAGCAGUUGUCAGAGAUGCGUGAAAAAUUAAAACAGGAGUCAGAAGCAGCAGCCAAAUCUCGAAAACAAGCCGCCGAGUUGAGUGCUGCACAGGCUGCCGCCGCUGCUGUUAGUGAUGGGACAAUGGCAAACUUACGUGCUCAACGUGACACUCUGGAAAGAGAAAGAUGUGCGUUGUCCGAAGAACUUGCAGCCUUAAAAGCGGCUAAGCAACGGUCCGAUGCAUCAGUCACGGAAGCUACCAAUAGGCUAAAUGCCGCUCACGUAGAUCUGGAGCGAUCUUCAGCGAGAAUGGGACAGAUCAUGAAUGAUAAUCGUCAACUAUCAGAGCGUGUAUCCUCGCUAGAGAAAGAGUGUGCAUCUUUAACACACGAGCUUCGCGCAUCCCAACAUCUCUACCAACAAGAAGUCCGUGCACAUCAAGACACCCAGCGCUCUCAGCUGCUCUCUAAACAGGAAGCCAAUUUAGAAAUAGUAAAGGCCUUACAAGGUAAACUUAAUGAAGAGAAGACUGGGCGACAACGAGCCGAAGCUGCUUGUCAGGAAAAAGAUCGGCAGAUGUCGAUGCUUAGUGUGGACUAUCGACAAAUGCAGCAACGAUUGCAGAAGUUGGAAGGUGAACAUCGACAAGAAAGCGAAAAGGUUGUGGGUCUCGCUGCGGCGUUGGAGCAAGAACGGACGGCGCGCUUGGCAGCAAGCGGAGAGACGGCGGCAGCGGAGGCGGCAGCUAGAGCCGCCGCGGCCGAAAGAGACGCGCGUGCUCGUGACCUACUCGCCGUGCGCACCGCAUUGCACGAUACCUCGGAGAAGCUUGCCGCUGCCAGCGCCGAGCGCGACAUGCAGUUCGCGCGGUGCGAGGAGCUGCGCUCGCAGCUGGAGAGCGAGCAGCACUACUGCGCGGUGUACCGCACGCAGGCGAGCGAGGCGCGCUCGCAGCUGGAGGAGAGCAACCGCGCCGCGCGCGACCUGGAGCACGAGCGCGCCGGCCUCAUGCAUCAGCUGCAGCUGGCCAUCGCGCGCGCUGACGCCGAGGCCAUCGCCAGAUCGAUAGCUGAGGAGACGGUGGGCGAGUUGGAGAAAGAAAAGACAAUGAAGGAGUUGGAGAUGCGUGAGGCGCUGGCUCAGCAGAGCGGCGAGCUUGCGGCGCGGGAUGCCCUGGUGCAGAGCCUGCGCGACCGCGACCACGAGAAUCGCGCCACCAUCGACCUGCAGCGCAAGGAAGCGGACGAGCUGCGGCGCAGCGGUACAGCACUGGCGGAGCGCGUGGCCACGCUGCAGCGGCUGCAGGACGAGGUGGAGCGCCUCAACAAGAAGCUCAACUCCGAGAUCAUACUCAAGCAGCAGGCCGUCAAUAAGCUCGCCGAGAUCAUGAACAGGAAGGACAUGAAUCCGGCGGCGACGAAGAACAAGAGCAAGAUGUCGGUGCGCAAGGACAAGGACUACCGCAAGCUGCAGCAGGAGUUGACGCGCGAAAAGGAGAAGUUUGACCAGCACAUCAGCAAGCUGCAGCGCGACCUGCAAGACUCGCAGCAGCAGUUGCUCGAGGAGCAGCAGACGCGUCUGCGCCUCGCCAUGGAGGUGGAUAGCAAAGAUGUCGAGAUCGAGCAGCUGAAAGAGAAGUUGGCGGCGCUGACUAGCGAGACUGCAUCUCAGUCGUCUGCGGACGCUGAAGACGGCGAGACCGAGCAAACGUUGGAGGGCUGGCUCUCUGUGCCUUUUAAGCAGAACAUCCGUCGCCACGGCUGGCGCAAGCAGUACGUUGUCGUCUCCUCAAAGAAGAUUAUCUUCUACAACUCGGAGAGCGAUAAACAGAACACCACAGAUCCUGUUAUGAUCUUGGAUCUAAGCAAGGUGUUCCACGUGCGGUCGGUGACGCAGGGUGACGUGAUCCGCGCGGACGCGAAGGACAUCCCGCGCAUCUUCCAGCUGCUGUACGCGGGCGAGGGCGAGGCGCGCCGCCCCGGCGACUCACCAGACGCGCCGCAGGACGCCGCCGAUCACGCUGGCAACACCGUGCAACACAAAGGCCACGACCUGGUCAGCAUCACAUACCACAUCCCCACGGCGUGUGAGGUGUGCACGCGUCCGCUCUGGCAUAUGUUCCGGCCGCCGCACGCGUACGAGUGCCGACGGUGUCGUAUGAAGAUCCACGCCGAGCACGUGUCGGAGGGCGAGGGCGUCGCGGCGUGCAAGCUGCACGCGGAUCGCGCCCGCGAGCUUCUUUUGCUGGCGCCCGCCGCGCAGGAGCAGCGGCGUUGGGUCGCGCGCCUGGCGCGCCGCGUGCAGCGCUAUGGGUACCGCGCCGCGCACCACAACCACGAGCACAGCCGCCUGUCGCCCAGGUGA